GGGGGGGGGGGGGGUCGGGGGCGUCCCGGCCUCGGCCCGGCCCGGUUCGGUUCUCACAGCCUGCGACUGUGGAGGAGGAAGAUGGCAACAGGCAACUGAAGGGGCGUUUCAAGGCUGGGAGGCUGCUUGAUUCGGUACCUGUACCGUGAUCUGCUGCCCACCGUCAUCUCGGCGUGCGAGCUUCAUGCCUGCUCAGAGCUGUGGAGUUCAGCGUUCUGCCCGAGGAGCGUGAAAAGUGCAACGGUGUGAAGUGUGGAUGGAGAGGAUCUCGUUUUAAAAGUUUUAGUGUUUACAGAAAGCCUGAAGAUGGGAGGUGCAGUGAGUGCAGGAGAAGACAACGAUGAGUUAAUUGAUAACCUGAAGGAGGCACAAUAUAUCCGGACAGAACUGGUAGAGCAGGCGUUCCGUGCCAUUGAUCGAGCAGACUACUACCUGGAAGAGUUCAAAGACAACGCUUACAAGGACUUGGCGUGGAAGCAUGGGAAUAUUCAUCUUUCAGCACCCUGCAUUUACUCUGAGGUGAUGGAAGCUUUGGAUCUGCAACCCGGGCUGUCGUUUUUGAAUCUUGGCAGUGGCACUGGCUAUCUGAGUUCUAUGGUUGGACUCAUCUUGGGUCCUUUUGGUGUUAACCAUGGUGUGGAGCUCCAUUCUGAUGUGAUUGAAUAUGCAAAGCAGAAGUUGGACUUCUUCAUCAAAACAAGCGACAGCUUUGACAAGUUUGAAUUCUGUGAGCCGUCGUUUGUUACCGGCAAUUGUUUAGAGAUUUCCCCGGACUGUACUCAGUAUGACCGUGUUUACUGUGGUGCUGGAGUACAGAAGGAGCACGAAGACUACAUGAAGAACCUGUUGAAAGUUGGGGGAAUUCUUGUCAUGCCUCUAGAAGAGAAGUUAACUAAGAUAACUCGUACUGGUCCUUCUGCCUGGGAAACCAAGAAGAUUCUUGCUGUUUCUUUUGCUCCUUUGAUUCAGCCCAACCACGCAGAUUCAGGAAAAUCAAGGCUUGUUCACUUGCCCCCAGUGGCUGUUCGCAGCCUCCAGGAUCUGGCUCGCAUAGCCAUCCGAGGAACCAUUAAAAAAAUUAUACAUCAAGAAACAAUGAGCAAAAACGGAAACGGGCUGAAGAACCCCCCGAGAUUUAAACGAAGACGUGUGCGUCGCCGUCGCAUGGAAACUAUUGUUUUCUUGGACAAAGAGGUCUUCGCUAGUCGUAUCUCCAACCCAUCAGAUGAUAACAACUGUGAGGAGCUCGAGGAUGAGAGACGAGAAGAGGAGGAAACCAAACCUGAACUAAAGCCAGAUCCCCCUGUAAACUUUCUGAGGGAAAAGGUCUUGAGUUUGCCUUUGCCUGAUCCCUUGAAAUAUUACCUGCUUUAUUACAGGGAAAAGUAACUUGUUCUCAAAAGUGGGGAGUAGGCAGAAAAUAAAGUACUACUUAGGGCUUGACAAAUGUAUACCACUUGCUUGCCUGCUAAUGUGACCACCCAAGGCAGUAGGCUAGCUGGGGAAUGUGGCUGCUGUAUACUUAAACAUUAUAGCUUUUUUUUUUUUAAGUUUCCUCUUUCUUCUUGGUUGUGUGCUAUAGUUUGAUCCUACAGCAGGGAUUCCUUAGGAAGCAAGUUGGUGAAAUGCUAGGCUGCUUACAGAAAGGAGGAUUUAAUUCCCUGAAACUAACUGCAGAGAGAUGUUCUAAAAAUCUCACGGCUGCUCUACCGAAUUGCAGUUUUUAAAUGUUCUUAUAUUCUUAAGCAGUUCCCUGAAGACGUUGCUGUCUGUGCGCUCUACCACUCAACCUGCCAUGUAUUUAUCGUGGCGUGUGUUUAAUGGAGGGUACAGAUUAUUAGUAAAAAGCUGACCCGGCAAAUCUUUUUCUUCCAGAAACGUGAAAAAGCACAACUUCUUAUGGAUAAGAAAGGAAAGAAUGUUUGGUGUUACUCUUGAGACACGCAGGCUUUGAAUGCAGAAGGAAAACCUCAGCUCCCCUUUGGUCGGUCUCAGUUUUGCUUUUAAACAAUACAUCAAUUUUCAGUAAAAGGUAGAAAUGUUUUACAGAAUAUUGGUUUGCUUAAUGGGAAACACCGCUUCUAGUGAAUUACAGUUUAAUGAGAUGUGAAGUUUUCUUUUAAAGCAAGGGAGUCAGGUGAAGAGUUGUGAAGCUGAUUAGCUUUGACAGGAUGCUCGUGUAGUCAGGGUGGUGACUGUAGUCUCUGGAAGUCUUUACAGAGUAAUUCUGAAUGGGGACGAGGGUAGAGAGGAGAUGCGUAGGAGAGUUUGUGACUAUUGCCUGUGAAAGCAGAAUCUGUAGAUUUUGCAGUAAGUGUGAGAACUUCCAGCUGCUGGGCUGAACAGAGUGGAGUGCAGGGCUUCAGCCUGGGCAGAGUGGCUUGUGCCCUGGGAAAUCAGCCAAGCGUUGUUUUGUGGAGGGUAUAUGGAAACUGCCUAGAAAGCCAAAUCGAUGCAGUUCGUAGAUAGCGAGGUGGCUAGAAUACAGCUCGUGUACAUCUAAUCCACAUACAGUAGGUGGAAGGAGGUGGAUUGUCUCAGUUUAUUUUAUUCCUGCAGCAAUGAAAUAGAUGCUUCACCAGACUUGCAUAGAAGGACUUUACAAAGUCUGCAGUUUUGUGGGUGUGGACUUUAAUUUUUUAUUCCCCAUUCUUCCUAUAAUGCUGAUGGAAGGAGAUACCGUGUUUGGAAGGGGAAGUUGACUUGGUUCAGCCUGUUUGAAAAAUCUACCUAAGUCAGCAGAGGCUGGAAAGAAACCUUUAAGCUUGCAUUGAUGUGUAGUACUCCUAAAGCUGGGAGUGGGUAAAAAAACAAAGCAAAGCAAAGCAAACCCUCAGAUAACAAAGCUGUUUAAGAAAAGGGUUGGCCCAUCGAAGCGCUUAAGGUGGUAUCACUGUGAUACCUGUUUUGAAGCUGUCUCCUCAGUUUUGGAGGAAUGAGAACGAAUUAAGACUUUUGCCAAAAAGAUGCUGGGUGUUCAGUUAAUGGUACUGAGUUGCACAACUUGUUUAACGAUAGUAUUUCAAAGUUCUCUGCAGCUUUGAAAGCGUACAGAUAACUCUUGUACAUCUAAGCCCAAGCUGGAGAACUCUUCCUUGCUUAAUAGGCUUUUUUUUAUCUUCUAGAAUAUUAUCUGAUCAGAGUCAUGUGGCUGGUGGCCAUGUGAUAUGAAAGAGUUGUAGGCUGUAUUUUGCCUCUAGUUCCCAAAGUCUUCACCUCUGUAAUAAAUGGUACCCCAAGCUAUCCUGCUCCCUCUGGUUUUUGCUUGGAAUGGGGCAGUUACCUGGCCACUGAGCUGAUGGUUUCCUGGAAGCUUGUAAGUACCCUUCUUGUAAAUCUGGCAACCCCAGUAAGUUUUCCUAUGGAUGAAAAUCCUGAAUACGGUGAUAAACGGAGGUGUAAUAGAAUCCACAUAGAGUUUUUGUGCUUCCCCAAAGACUAUCAUCUCUGCAAGUGUUAGCUUUUUCUGCUUAAUAGCUGUCCUGCCAGCUGGGCACCUUUCUGUAUUCUGGCACAAUUUACAUGUCUCCGCAUAGUAAAUACAGGGGGCUUUUCACUUUUGGCUAGAAGGAUAUCCUUUGGCUUAUCAAUUGCAGAAUUUUUGAUGGAGGUUGAAAAGAAGUUACUUUAAAAAGAGACUUUUAAAGUUCAGGUCGUGCUAGUAAACCUUGCUGAGAUUGUGUUAAAGCUGACAGUUUGAGGGAGAAUCUUUUGUUUAGCCCUGUUUGAUUUUAUUUUUUUUAACCACACCCCAUCCCCUAAUUUUAAAAUAUAUUUUAUCAGAUUUUUCACCAGAUUUGCCUUUUUAUUACAUUUGCUAGAUUUUUGUAGUCUUCUAUAAAAUGAAUAAAAUACUGCUAUUUUUCCUGGAUACGGUUAAGUAAAUAUAUAUACAGGAAAUGUAUGUUCUAGGUUGUCAGAUUGUCCCCUUGACCAAAAAAAAAGCCCCACAGAUCCAAACAAACCCGUAGUAGAAUUUUUCCGUGUAACAAAAUCGUGAAGUAGUAUUGCUUAUAGUGUCUAAAUGAAGGGGAACCAUAAAUGCAUUUUUCCCUCUGCACAAGCAUUUGCACUGUAGUUUUGUAUGCAUUUUUAGCAGAGUAAUUGUAGCAUAACUGUUUUUUGUAUAGCCUGUAAGCUCUCUAGGACUUUUAUCUGCUUUGACUGUUUCUUUUUGUUUUAAGUAGUUUUCACUUCAAUUGUAUCUGACUCCUUUUAGGUUUGAUAGUGCAGUAAACUUGCGAAAAGAAAUGAGCUUCAAACUGCUUUAAUCAUUAGUGUGUAAGCUGAAAAAUCUGUGUAUAGAAAUGAGUAAAAUUGGCCUGAGGCAUGCAGAAGUGUUACACAACUUUAAAAACUUUCAUUAAUAAGUGUUUCUGUAUCAAUAAAUUCAGUAAAGACUUUUUAGCCUUCUUAA